CCGACACACAGGCGGAGGCGGCGGUUUUGAUCCUGCGCCGUUUCCGUCGCCGCCGGUAGCGCGUCGACUGAAGGCUAACGAAGGCAUGAACUGCGUGGCGCGGCUUUAGCAUCGAACAUGUCGACCGGAGUGGGAAAGCACAAAAUGCUGUCCCUCGGACCGACGGAGCCGUGGUCCGUACGGGAGAAACUGUGCCUUGCGUCCUCCGUGAUGAGGAGUGGGGAUCAAAACUGGGUGUCAGUCAGCAGAGCAAUCAAGCCGUUUUCUGAGCCAGGGCGGCCUCCGGACUGGUUCUCUCAAAAGCACUGCGCCUCACAGUAUUCAGAGCUGCUGGAGACCACAGAGGCUCCUAAACGGAAGCGUGGUGAAAAGGGGGAGGUGGUGGAGACCAUUGAAGAUGUGAUUGUGCGCAGGCUGACUGCAGAGAGGAUCGACGAGCUCAAGAAACUCCUUAAAGACACACAGGAGCAAUACAGGAAACUGAAGAAGGAGAUGGAUUUGAUUCAAACAGGACACAUGGACUCCAAAUUGGAGGAGCUAUGGGGGGAGAUUGAACAAAAGAAGAAGCAGGAGGAGGAGGAGGCUGAGCAGAAGAGAAGAAUAACAGAGGCAGCCUAUCAGGCACGGCAGGCAGCUAAAAACACACCAAAGAGGCUUCCUAGUGUCACUGUCCGAUCCCCACUGGGGGCCAGUUCACCCAGCAUGGACGUCCCACAUCCUGACACUCCUCAGCCAAUGGCUGAUGAAUCUUGUCCCAGUCCUGUGGCUCAAGGAGUGGCUGUGUUCAUGCCAGUGUCUGAGUCAGCUGGCCCCGGGCCUAAAGAGGGAAGCCUGGGUUCUCUGGUAGAUGAAUCCCCACAAAAGAAGCUCCUGAAUCAGAAGGCCACACCGCCGCCAUCCCCUUUGCUUUCUGAGCUGCUGAAGAAGGGCAACCUCCUAUCUGCCAGCCCCAGACUGUUUUUACAAGUGGAGGCAUUUUUGGCAAAGCAAAAGCAUGAUGUGGUGGAGGGCGAGGUUGCUACAGCUCUCAGUAAUGGCGCUCACAGCGUGGAGGUUCAUGCGCCUGCAGCAUCUGUUCCUUCUGGCCAUGACAUCUCUACAGAUGCGCCCACAUUAUCCCGUCUGUUGGAGAGCGCACCCCCAGUCCAGAUGCCAGUCAGCGCUGAGCCCCUUAAUCCCCCCACUGUAGCCCCCCCUGCUCCAGGACACCACUUUAUACCCGGCACAGAAGCAGCAGUAGCAGAGUGUUCUGGUCCAGAGGCAGUGCUAGCGGUUCAGUCCGGCCCCGAGCAGACGGAAGGGAGAGAGGGAGAGCUGGUGGAGGAGGACCUGGUGGCUGUGUCUUAUAUGGGGGAUGAGCUGGACCUGGAGACCGUGGGAGAUAUUAUAGCUAUUAUUGAAGAGAAGGUGGACGAGUCGGUUGAGGUGUUGGAUGCAGCAGCAGUGGAAGCUGCUCUGUCUCUGUGUGAGGAAGCCGUAGCAGGGGGCCACGCUCUUUCUGGCCCUUGGGAGCACCAGGCCUUUAAACCAGUCGAUCCAGAGCCCAGCGUCCAGCCCAGGGUAGCAGCUGGAGCCCCAAUAAGUUUGCCUAUGCCUGAGGCUCAGGAGGCAGAGCCAGCUGUGCCGUUACAGGAGGUGGGGGAGGCCAGGGGACCCGAGGCAGCGCCGGGGGACUCCAUCUCUGCAGCCCCACCAGAAACAGGACAACCACAGGGGUCUGAACAGCAAGGGGCUGAACAGAAAGAAGCAGAGGAAAGCAGAGGGAGAGAGGAGGAACAAACAGAGAACAGGACACCCAGCCCCUGUCUGAAGACUGAGAGUGAGGAGUGGGCGCAGCCCGAGGCUGAGACUCCCUGCCUCGAUUCAGAGGAUAGUUCAGCAUCUGGAAGAGACCCAAAGGAAGUAAAAGAAGAGGAUGGAGGGAGUGAGGUGGAUGCAGAUGAAGGAAUGGAGAUGAAAGAGUGUGUAGAGGGAGCGUAUCUCUCUGAAGUGGACCCUCCAGCCAGUGAAAGUGAGGAUGGGUAUGGCACCAACUCUCAAAGAUAUACUACUGCAGACUCUACUGCCAGCAGCCCGGCCUCCUCCCAGUUCUCAAUAUGCAGUGAGGACCAGGAGGCUUUGCAGGCUCAAAAGAUUUGGAAAAAAGCCAUCAUGCUGGUGUGGCGAGCAGCAGCCAACCACAGGUAUGCAAGUGUAUUUCUGCAGCCAGUGUCUGAUGACAUCGCUCCUGGUUACCACAGCAUUGUACACAGGCCCAUGGACCUGUCAGCAAUCAAGAAGAACAUAGAGACAGGGCAGAUCCGCACGACGGCUGAAUUCCAGCGGGACAUCAUGCUGAUGUUCCAGAAUGCAAUAAUGUACAACAGCUCAGACCAUGAUGUCUACCACAUGGCUCUGGAGAUGCAGCGAGAUGUCCUGGAGCAGAUCCAGCAGUUCUUGGCCACCCAACUCAUCAUGCAGACUUCAGAGUCUGGCAUCAGCGCCAAGAGCCUGCGAGGACGGGAGGCAAACCGCAAGCAGGACCCCAACGACAAGACCCUGAGCCCACCAAACAAAGAUGCACAUUUAGAGCCAGAACCAGCUGCCAUGCCCAGAAGGAAAAGAAACAACUCCAAACAAGAUACUAACGAAAAGGACAGUCUCCCCAUGGCCUCUCCUGCUUUCCUUCUCUCUCUUUUUGAUGGAGGCACCAGGGGGCGCCGCAGUGCUAUAGAGGCUGACAUGAAGAUGAAGAAGUGAAGAGAUGAAAAGUUGUGUGAAAAAAAAAAAAAAAAAAGAAAACCCACAAGGCUUUAAGGGGUAAGCAUCCUUGCCCAAAUCCCAUCUUGCCGAGGAUUCAAAUGGAGUUAAUAUGGACCACAUCAGCUCAGACCAGCGCUCUGGCAUAUAGAGCGAGUUGGUGAGGCUGAUCCAACGCUUGUUUGUUCUGUUGUGUGCAGUUGAGGAAAAACUCAUAUAUAAAGCUUAAAGCAUUUGUUUUUGGGAUGUCUGAUAUGAUAAUCAGCCUUCAUGCUUUGAGCUGGAAUGUACCACUUCACAUCACCACAUGACUAAAGUAAGAAGCCGUCUGAAUGUUCCUCGGCGUGCGUUGGCGCAGCCGAGGUUGUCUCUGGGGACACGGCGUCAGCUCCAGAAGAGAGAUCACUUAGGCCUAAUCUGUGUACAGAACAAGCUUGGUUCAUGGUCAUGUUUAUUUCUGAAGGUGUUUUAAAAGCUGGGUGGACGUGUGUAGUUGUGAUUUAGACGUGCUGUGCCAGCGUACGCCAGCCCAGUAUUGCAAACACUAAUGUUCUGAUGUUGGUGGUUGUUUUAGGAUAUUUAGGGGAGAAAAAGAACCGAUAAACCAGCAUAAAAGGGGAAAGACUACGUUCACGUUACAAGCAUCAUUGCUCAAAUCCGAUCUUUGACACGAUGUUUCAAACUCGUUUAGAUAAGUGAUUCAAAUGUGGAUGAACUGGUGUCCUGAAAUGAUCCACUCGCACACAUCCUGCUGAGUAAUAUCACGUGAAUGAAUCCCAUUCAUCAUCAGCAACAGACUAACGAGCAGAACGAGCUUCGCUGAGAAGAUCAUUAACUCUGAUCGGCUCUCAGAUAUUCAUUAUUAGAGCGAGACGAAAAAGGGGAGCCAUUCCACCGUUGGGAAUGUGCUGCUUUCCCACCGUUUAUAGGUUUUAACUUCUGUUCGGCGCUGCUGCCAUGGUAACGCUGAAUGAUGACGCACGCGCAGUGAGAAGAAAGAACACGAAUUCGGAUCAGAGCGUCACAUUAAGGUCGCAUGGCCACGAGUCAGAUACGCAUUCGAUCUGGGACCACAUAGGAAAGUGGCUCAGGUUGGGUUUGAAAUAAUCAGAUUUGCAUGUCCACAUCAGAUCUCACCAAAAAAUCUGAUUUGUGCCACUUCAGCCUGCUAAUGUGAACACAGCCCAGAACAUUCUAGAACACUGAGUGGAAAAGAACAUUCUACAACAAUGUGAAUGAAAGGCAACGUUCUAGAACAGUGCUGAGUGGAACAAAGCAUUGGUGAUCAGGUUGAAAAGGCAAGAGCGUUCUAGAGCAGUUUGAACGGGAGAGGGAAUUCUAGAGGCUGGCGCACAGGGAUGGCGCACCCACCAAAACGUUUAGGGGUGACGUGCUUUGGCCUUUAAAGGACUGCGUUCUCAUUACGGUGCGGAGGAGCUGUUCUCACUAAAGCUACAGUCCUUCGUGUUUUCGGUUGAACUGGGUGUAAAUUUAGCCUUUAUCCUACUUGGUUAAGAUUUCCGGAGGUAAACGUGGGGGUGAGGAUGAAAACAUCCAGCCGAAAACGCGCUGAUUGUAGCUUUAACAUGUAGAAAUUGAACCUAAUUCUUUACAUAAAAAGUAGCGUUCAUGUCUUUAGAUCUGAAUUACAUGUAAAUGUUCCUUUUCUACUUGUUUUAAUUUAUGUGAGAUAAUAAAAUAAUGGCAGUCAUUCAAUUGCUGUUUCAUUUCUACAGUGUUUGGUCUGAGAUGCUGAUGCAUGAUUACAAUGCUUCAAUUAUCUUCCAGAGUAAAAGUCUCAUCAUGACUGUA